CGACCUUCCCACUUCCAGAAGGUUCUUCGCAGCCGGCGCCAUUUUGUCGAGGCGGACGGUUUUUUUUUCUAGCGGCGGUUGCUGAGGCCUGAGAGGAGGAGAGACGGGAAGGCUCGUCGUGUCCGGAGGCGCCUUUUGAGAAGCGGAGUCGACUCCGAAAAGGAGAGCGAUGCGGUAUUCAAAGCGAACACACCAUUCUGAUUGGGAAGAAAAACAAUGUUUGGAUCCUAAAAAAGGCAGCAGCCAUCAUAAGAGAAGAAGAGAAUCAUACAGCAGUACACGUGAGAAAAAGCGCUGCAGAUAUACUCAAACCGAAACUUACGAUAGCCUUUAUUCAGAUGCCAGCUCCUUCCAUGAAAGAGAUAAUCAUGAACGCCGUUAUGUGGAAGAAUACAGAUACAAUGACAGUCAACUGUCUGAAACCAGGCACCAUUGCCGAGACCAUGAAAAUGGUUAUCACAACCACAGUAGCAAGUCAUCGGGGCAUAGCGGUGGAAGCAGUUACAAAAGAAAACACAAGACUCAUCAUAGUAAAUCACAUCAUUCACAUGCGAGGAGUCACCGAAGGAAAAGAUCGAGGAGGAGUGUAGAGGAUGAUGAGGAGGGUCACCUGAUCUGUCAGAGUGGAGACGUACUAAGUGCAAGAUAUGAAAUUGUCAGUAUUCUGGGUGAAGGUGCUUUUGGGAAAGUCGUGGAGUGCAUUGAUAACAAAGCGGGAGGCAGACAUGUAGCAGUAAAAAUAGUCAAAAAUGUUGAUAGAUACACAGAAGCAGCUCGUUCAGAAAUAAAAGUACUGGAGCACAUAAAUACAUCAGAUCCUAAUAACAUAUUUCGCUGUGUCCAGAUGUUGGAAUGGUUUGAACAUCAUGGCCAUGUUUGCAUUGUGUUUGAACUGCUGGGACUCAGUACAUAUGACUUCAUCAAAGAAAACAGUUUUCUGCCAUUCAGUCUUGACCACAUUAGACGAAUGGCUUACCAGAUUUGCAAAUCUGUAAACUUUUUGCAUUCAAACAAGCUAACCCAUACAGAUCUGAAGCCUGAAAACAUACUGUUUGUGAAGUCUGACUACACAGAAGCUUACAAUCCCAAACUGAAACGUGAUGAGCGGACACUGAAAAAUCCAGAUAUCAAAGUUGUGGAUUUUGGAAGUGCAACAUACGACUAUGAACACCAUAGUACUCUUGUGUCUACAAGGCAUUACAGAGCUCCUGAAGUUAUUUUGGCCUUGGGAUGGUCACAGCCUUGCGAUGUUUGGAGCAUCGGCUGCAUUCUUAUUGAAUAUUACCUUGGAUUCACAGUAUUUCCGACACAUGACAGUAAGGAGCACCUGGCAAUGAUGGAAAAGAUACUGGGACCGCUACCAAUUCAUAUGGUCCAGAAAACCAGAAAACGCAAGUACUUCCACCAUGACCAGUUGGAUUGGGAUGAGCAUAGUUCUGCUGGAAGAUACGUUUCGAGACGCUGUAAACCCUUGAAGGAAUUCAUGCAGUGCCAUGAUGCAGACCAUGAAAAUCUAUUUGAUCUCAUUGGGAGGAUGUUGGAAUAUGAUCCAGCCAAAAGAAUUACUCUUGCAGAAGCCUUGGGACAUCCUUUCUUCUCCCCGUGUAAGGAAAAGAUAUAAACAACAGUUCCUAAGUGAUUAUAGACUGUGUCAGUCAAAAAGCAAUGUAUUUAUUUUGUAAAUUAGAUCUGUAAAUUCCUUUUCAUAUUGUCUUGUUCAUCUGUUAAACCUUCCACUUGAAAUAAAGCAUUUGACAAAAAUUACUUGACCUUUUUUUCCCCAGUGCAAACCAUGUUGUCCUAGUCUUUAAUGUUGCUCUUUUGUUUCUGAAAACAGCCCACACAUGCAGCCUUGUUGCAGUUGGAGCAACAGAUUGUGUCCCAGUUUGGCAAACUAAUCAGGCAUUCUCUACUAUACAGUUAAACAAUCCACACCUUCGUCAGUUUGAUGAUGUGCAAACUAAUAGGUAGCAUAGCAUAGAGGAAAUUGUAAAUCAGUAUCGUUGAACAUGCGCCUUAUAUACUUUGACAUUGUAAUGGAGCCAUAGCCACCUGUCCUUUGCAGUCCACAGCAAGGCGUCCUGAUUUAAAUCUCUAGCCCCUAUAAAAUUGUAUAGAACCAAAUGUAACCCUUAAAAAAGCCUUUAGAAAGGACAGGACCUGCAUUUUUACAAAACUCCCUGAAGUUAUCCUGUCUUUUGGCCCAGGGUGAAUGCACCAGGGAAAAGGCACAAUUGCUGUAAAUGGAACCUAUUCAAAGUUUUUAUGGCCAAAAUCUGGGAACAUUUGUUAGGGAAGUAGGUAUUUACCUGCAUCUGGGUGGAACUGUAUACACACAAGGCUUGCUAUCCGAACGCUCAUCCAAAACCUUAAAACGCAUGUGGCUGAUUCACAAAGCUAAACAGCUGGAGUUUGCCAUUUUGGGUAGAAACAAUGGACACAGGGAGAGCAAACACACAAGUUUUUCCUUUGGCAUUUCAGGAUGGGAAAGCAGGGAAACAGAUUGGUCUGUAGAAACCCAUGUAUUUCUGCACUGAAAGCACUCCCGCCUGCUAUUCUGAACUGCCUCACCAAUCCCAUUCUCUGCCAGUAGGCCCACUACUAGAGUCCCAUCUGCUAUAUCACAUCUUGCUAAUUGUAACCAGAAUAAAUUCUGACCCGACAAUAUUCAGAACACCUAAUGCACUUAAAUAGCUUUCCUCUAUCACCAAUUGGGUCCAAUUUAGACAAUUCCCUUUUCUCUUGCAAAUUCAGGGGUACAGAAACAAUAGGGGUUCUGAGGCUACAGGAAAACUAGUAUAGCUUAUGCAGAUAUUAUGCAAGAGUUGCCUGGUUUCCUUCCAUUCUUUUUCGGUGGAAGAAGCAUCGAAGAACACACAAAUUUCUCUUCCUGAUCCUGGUAGCAAGAAUACAUUCUCCAGCCAUGUAAAUUAUCGGAAAUCUAAAUGAUAGUUGGAGCUUAUUUGGGGUUCCAGAACCUUUUUCACUUUCACAUAUUCAGUAUCUAAAAUGUAAAUCCUUUUAACCUUUAAAAGGAUGGUAUU